GGAGUGGAGGAGAGGAAAAAACCAAAACACUCAGCGCUGUUCGCCAUGUUGUGUUCAGGACACAUGAGAGAAUAUAUGGACGCGUCCGAGGGUUUAUUCCAGCGGAUCCACAGCGUUUAAACACACACAAAUGGAGCUGAUUUCAUCAGAUCUGAUCUGGGAUCAUUCGGACGAAAAACGCGUUUCAGAGGCGCGUUAGGAUUUUACGGAGGAUUCCGACGCUAUAAAACACUGUUUAUUUGAAUUGUUUUAGUUGCUGUUUCGGAUCUUAGUACAUUUAAACCCUGAGCUGGAUUUAUAUCCGUGCGUUCUGGAUUGAAGAUCAUGCCUCUGAUUAUAUAAAUCAGAUUUAUUCAAAGCAUUUUUAAAAAGAACCAGAAGAUCAUAUCGGGAUGUUUUUGAACUCGACUGAACCAUGAAUAGGAAUUUUCUCCAUGCAUAUGGCCAUGAACUCAAAAUGAUCGCUGUUUCUAUAUCGAUACCGAUCAAUAUUAGUGCAUAAGUUUCAGGACAGGCUGCUGUCACUUUCUAAUGCAGUAUGAUUGUAUUAAUGUUUGAUAUUUCAUCUAUGCAAACAGAAACGCACGCUCUGACCUCCAGGCUGAGGAUUUGUGAAAUCUCUCAAACACUAAACCUCUCUUACAGACUUACUCAUUGAUCCGGACCUGUUUGCUCACAAAUAAAUGCUUUUGGCAAUAUUAAAACAUUAAUUUUAGAGGGAGCGGAUUAUCAGCUUGGGUGUUGCUGGGAUUUAUUGCAGUACAAGAAUCUGCACUGAAAAUGAGGACAGACACCAAACUGGCCUUGGCCAUAUUCCUCGUCUCCUGUUCAUCAGGUGCGAUUCUCGGCCGCUCGGAGACGCAGGAGUGUGCGUUUUAUAAUGUGAGCUGGGAGAAGGACGGGACGAACCAGAGCGGAAUCGAAUCAUGCUACGGAGAGAAAGACAAGCGACGACACUGUUUCUCCACCUGGAAGAACCGCUCAGGAGCCAUCGAGAUGGUCAAGCAGGGCUGCUGGCUGGACGACGUCAACUGCUACGACAGCAGCGAGUGUGUGGAGCGUAAGGAGAAUCCCGACGUCUUCUUCUGCUGCUGCGAGGGAAACAUGUGCAACGAGAAGUUUCACUACAGUCCAGAGAUGAUUCAGACCACGUCUAACCCCGUUCCUCCAAAGCCGGACUUGUUUCCCACGUUGCUCUACUCUCUGGUUCCCAUCAUGGCUGUUGCUGUGAUUCUGGUCAUCUCGUUCUGGAUGUACCGUCAUCUGAAGCUGUCGUACCCGCCGCUGCUCGUGCCGUCACAGGACCCGGGUCUGACGCCUCCGUCGCCGUUGUUGGGUCAGAAGCCGCUGCAGCUGCUGGAGCUGAAGGCUCGCGGACGCUUCGGCUGCGUCUGGAAAGCUCAGCUGCUCAACGAACACGUGGCUGUCAAAAUCUUCCCUGUGCAGAAUAAACAGUCAUGGCAGAGUGAAUAUGAGAUUUAUAGUUUGAGCGGAAUGAAACAUGAAAAUAUCCUUCACUUCAUCGGAGCGGAAAAACGAGGAAAUGGAGUCGAUAUCGAGCUCUGGCUCAUCACAGCUUACCAUGAGAAGGGCUCGCUGACAGACUUCCUGAAGGCGAAUGUUGUGUCGUGGAAUGAGCUGUGUCUGAUAGCGCAGACGUUUGUGCGCGGAUUGGCAUAUUUACACGAGGACAUUCCCAACCUGAAGGACGGACACAAGCCUGCCAUUGCACACAGAGAUAUCAAGAGUAAGAAUGUGUUGCUGAAGCGUGAUUUAACCGCAUGUAUUGCUGACUUUGGCCUGGCACUGAAGUUUGAAGCAGGGAAAUCUACAGGCGACACACAUGGGCAGGUGGGAACGCGGCGCUACAUGGCUCCGGAGGUGCUGGAGGGAGCGAUCAGUUUCCAGCGCGACGCGUUUCUGAGGAUCGACAUGUACGCUGUGGGUCUGGUGCUGUGGGAACUGGCCACUCGCUGCACAGCGGCCGACGGUCCCGUGGAUGAGUUCUGUCUGCCGUUUGAGGAGGAGGCCGGGAUUCAUCCAUCGCUGGAGGACAUGCAGGACGUCGUUGUGCAUAAGAAACUACGGCCGAUAUUCAGAGAACACUGGCUAAAACAUACGGGUCUGGCGAUGCUCUAUGAGACCAUAGAGGAGUGCUGGGACCACGAGGCCGAGGCGCGUCUGUCCGCGGGAUGCGUGGAGGAACGCAUCAUCUCAAUGCAGCGCAACACCAACCUCAUCGCCCCCGACGACAUCCUCUCCGUCGUCACCAUGGUUACCAACCUGGACUUCCCCCCUAAAGAAUCCAGCCUAUGAUGCCGUUCUCUCAGCCAAUCAGAAUGCAGCGUGUGCGAGAAACAAACGGACUACGAAUGACUCGAGCAAAACGAGCGCAGGAAUAAUUCAACGACUCGCACUUACACACGGAGGAACUCAAGUGAUCAAACACACACGGACGUCUCUGUUUGCACCAAAACCUCUUUUAUGCAUAAAGGAAAGACUUUUGUGUUUUAUAUGAACAGCAGCUCGUACGAUUUUAGUAUAAAAAGGGUGAAACUCUGGACUGCGUUUGCUGUUCGUUUCUGCGAAUCAUAACAGUCAUGCCAAUACGAGACACUUCUGAAUGUCUGCCGUUCAGCCGCGAAUCACACACGGAUUUAUGAGAAAUUAUGCUGAAAUAACCAUAAACCUCCCUAAACAGGUAUACCUCAUUUUGAUUUCUCGUGCUUUUUUCUGAACAGCUGCUACGGAGGCGAGUAGCUGUAACACACGGUAGUGUUUCUGCCUUUCUGCUUCAUUUCAUCGCAGCCUUCACUGCUCUUUCUAAAGGGGUCGUUUCACGAGGAAUCAACGCUCGCUUCACUCAGUCACAGAAACCAGGGUCCAAUAUUAACGUCUGCCAACGGUGGAUCAAUUCGGACAUUUUACCACUCAUGCAACUGUUUUUUUUUGCAAUGCAAUUUUCCAUAUUAGUGACACAUCAUAUGCAAAAUGAGCCUCCAUAUUCAUCAAACUGCACCUGACACAUUGGGUUUUCGUUCAUAUUUAUCUGUCACUGGCUUUAUAUGAGGAAUAAUCCAGCAAAUCAUUUUGACCCUACCCUGCAAAAAUGACUCGUUCUGCACAUCAACUUUCUGAUGUGAGCUAUCAGUGCAUUAACAUGUUAACAGUGAUUUAGUGUUGAGAAACUUGGGCCACCGAGUCUCGAACCUAUACAAGCUUGAACAUUUUUAAAAGGUAAUUGCAACUUUUUAUCUCACAAUAUGGAUUUAUUUUUAUAUAUUAGAAUUCAGACUUUUUAUUUUGCAAUUCUGAGAAAAAAAGACUUGCUAUAAACUGAGAAUUCAACCUUAUAGCUCACAAUUUUUGUUUUUCUCACAAUUUAGUUUUUUUGUUUGUUUGUUUCUGCCAUAAAUUCCAGAAUAAAAAAUAAAAAUGGUAAUUGCUACUUUUUUCCUUGCAAUUACAAGUUUAUGUCUCAAAAUUCUGAAAAAAAAGCCUGAUAUUGUGAGAUACAAACUUAGAAUUGAAAGGAAAAAAACAAUUAUCAGUUUAUAUCUCACAGUUCUGACUUUUUUCACUCAGAAUUACAAGUUUCUUUAGACUUGUGAGAUAUAAAAUCAGCGGUAACACUUUACAAUAAGGUGUAAUUUGUUAACAUUAGCUAAUGUAUUAACUAACAUGAACGAACAAUGCAUUUAUUACACUAUUAAUCUUUGUUCAUGUUAGUUCGCAGUGCAUUAACUAAUGUUAACAAACACAACUUGUGAUUUUAAUAAUGCAUUAGUAAAUGCUGAAAUUAACAUUGACUAAGAUUAAUAAAUGCUGUAGAAGCAUUGUUCAUUCUUAGUUCAUGUUAACUAAUGAACGUUAUUGCAAAGUGUUACCAAAUCAGUCACAAUUAGCUUUAUUUUUAUCCCGUGGCUGACGCAAGCUUCCAAAUCAAACAGCCUGAACACCAGCAGAAAUAAUAAAAGUAAAGCGUGUGAAAGCUUGUGCUGUUAGAAACAAAAUCUCAGAUCAUUUCAGUCUGAUCUGAACCAUUUAAGAUUGAUUUAUGAGUCACAAUCUGAUGCAUCUUCACAAACAGGCUGUUGUUGAAGGAUGGAGCAGUUAAAAACUAGAUUGAACUGACAGCAUUUUACUCAUUUUGCAUGAAAAGACGUUGUUUGCAGAAGCAAAAAUCCCUCAUCUACACUGAUAAAGCCCCUUUAAUGACACUGUUUUCACACAAUGGCAUCUUUCAGGGCUGUAAAUCUGUCUAACGCCACAAUCUCCUUCAUCUCUGUCUCUUCAUGUCUUUCUGAAACACUACAGCAGUAUUCAGGGACGCAGGAUUCUGCUCACUUACAGCAAUUAUGCAACCAACACGCAGCAGCGAUUGCAACUGUAGCAUACCGAGUCUAAACCGCUUCUAUUUAUUUCAUUAAUAAUGUGACAAACUCUCAGUACUGUGAAAACAAACGCCGGUUAUUAUUGCCCUGAAUGUGUUACCAGACAAACCAAGUGUUGGGUGAGAAAUGGAUUUGUAAAAGACAUUUCAGAUCAAUCUGUAGUUCCCCCGAACACACACAUGUACAGCAAAUGAAUAAUGUAAAUAUGAUUGUUGGUUUUAAAUUAUUAGACUAGCAUGAUGUUGCUCUGUUCUUUUUGGUGUCACUAAUCAAAAACAGUUGUUUAUAAAGAAAUUAUACCAGAA